GGGGGAAGUCAUCACAAAGUCUCCGUUUCUCCUGUCGUCCAUGUCCGAGGGCUGUGUGAAUCAGUUGUGGAAGCAGAUCUUGUGGAAGCUCUUGAAAAGUUUGGAACCAUAUGCUAUGUCAUGAUGAUGCCGUUUAAGCGCCAGGCUCUGGUGGAGUUUGAAAAUGUAGAAAGCGCGAAGAAAUGUGUAACGUUUGCAGCAGAUGAACCUGUAUACAUUGCUGGACAGCAAGCCUUUUUCAACUACUCAACAAGUAAGAGGAUUACUCGGCCGGGGAACACUGAUGACCCAUCUGGUGGAAAUAAAGUUCUCCUCUUGUCAAUUCAGAACCCUCUCUACCCAAUUACAGUGGAUGUCUUGUAUACUGUGUGCAACCCUGUUGGAAAAGUUCAGCGCAUUGUUAUAUUCAAGAGAAAUGGAAUACAAGCUAUGGUUGAGUUUGAAUCGGUGUUUUGUGCCCAGAAGGCGAAGGCUGCACUCAAUGGAGCAGAUAUCUAUGCAGGAUGCUGCACACUAAAAAUUGAAUAUGCAAGGCCAACUCGACUUAAUGUCAUUAGAAACGACAAUGAUAGUUGGGACUACACUAAACCGUAUCUGGGCCGACGAGACAGAGGGAAGGGCCGCCAGAGGCAAGCUAUUUUGGGAGAGCACCCAUCAUCAUUUAGACAUGAUGGUUACGGGUCCCACGGUCCUUUGUUGCCCCUGCCGAGCCGGUACCGAAUGGGAUCUCGGGACACUCCAGAACUUGUUGCUUAUCCGUUGCCCCAGGCAUCCUCCUCUUACAUGCAUGGUGGAAAUCCUUCUGGGUCAGUUGUCAUGGUUAGUGGGUUGCACCAGCUAAAGAUGAACUGUUCAAGGGUCUUCAACCUGUUCUGCUUGUAUGGAAACAUUGAGAAGGUGAAAUUUAUGAAGACUAUUCCAGGCACGGCACUGGUGGAAAUGGGUGAUGAGUAUGCUGUGGAAAGAGCUGUCACACAUCUCAACAAUGUCAAGUUAUUUGGAAAGAGACUUAAUGUCUGUGUUUCCAAGCAGCAUUCAGUAGUUCCAAGCCAGAUAUUUGAACUGGAGGAUGGCACGAGUAGUUACAAGGAUUUUGCAAUGAGUAAGAAUAAUCGCUUCACCAGUGCGGGCCAAGCAUCUAAGAACAUCAUCCAACCACCCUCUUGUGUGCUGCAUUAUUAUAAUGUUCCCCUGUGUGUAACUGAGGAAACGUUUGUAAAGUUAUGUGAGGAUCAUGAAGUUCUCAGCUUUAUUAAAUACAAAGUGUUUGAUCCAAAACCUUCUGCCAAAACACUGUCUGGUCUCUUGGAAUGGGAAUGUAAGACAGAUGCAGUGGAAGCUCUCACUGUACUUAAUCACUACCAGAUAAGAGUCCCAAAUGGCUCCAACCCUUACACCUUGAAGCUUUGCUUCUCUACUUCGUCCCAUUUAUAGAGAAGAGGACAGCAUGUUAAGAGCUACUUUCACCUUGGUUUGCAAGUUCCAAACUACACUUCGUUCACAAAGCUCUCUAGUGGUUGUUCUAAUGUUGCCUUGUUUCAACUUAAUUCUAAUAUCUUUUAUCUUGUUUUAUAAUAAACGGAUGUUCCUUCAUAAAUACAAACCAGAUUUUUUUUUUUCUUUUUGCCUCGGAGAAGUACAUGUAAGCUUGCUACAAAGUUUGUAUUUUGUUAGCGUAGUUAUCUUCCGAUGUUGAAAGAAGCACCAGUAGUUAUAAACAAG